AUGAAUGAAUUUGGUGGAGCGUUUCCUUUAAAGGCAAAGCCGCUGCGGUCCAUCACAGAGUCUCUCAUCACUAAAUACAGAAGCAAGUCAUCCGCUCAGGAUGAUGAUCACGAAAAGGAUGAGCCCAAGAACUCACCUGUUGAUGAAGAGCAAGGAACCCUCGCAUUUGCAGUUGGUCUUGCAAAGUCUGCGCUGGCUUCAGUUGCUGGAAAGUUUGGAUUCUCGUCCUAUAGUUAUGAACACUUUACCAAGCAAGAGAUGAUUGAUAAUCUUCUACUCCAAAAGAAAACCGCAAUUUCUUAUUCAAAAUGGAUGGAAGUGUGUAACGAUCUUGAUGAGCUACAAGAUUUCAAUAAGUGGAAGCAGGAGGCAGAAUCAAACUUAUAUGAUUUUUCAAUUGUUAAGAAAAAUAUGAUGGAAUUGCGUUCUGCCAGGCUUGAUGGUGAUAUACGCAAAUUGCUCUAUUUAAUAAGAACAACAUGGACUAGAAACAUUGGAAAUAUAGGGAAUGUCAACCUUUAUCGUCAUUCUCAUACGGGGACUAAGAAGUUGAUUGAGGAGUACCUUCAUGAAUGUGAACUGGCAUUGCAAGAAGUCACAAAAGAAAACAACAACCAUGGGUUGGAUGACAGAUAUAUCUUGGGAAUGCUUGUUCAAACGAGAAAGAAUAUAGGAAGAACUGCAUUAGUGCUAUCUGGAGGAGGUUGCUAUGGUCUUUUCCACAUUGGUGUCUUAGCUGCGUUGUUGGAGGAAGAUGUUUUGCCUAGAAUCAUAUCGGGGAGUUCUGCUGGCGCUAUAGUGGCGAGUAUACUUUCAGUUCAUAACACUGAUGAAAUUCAAGAGUUAAUGGAGACUAUUGUUGAACAAAAAUUUGAUAUAUUUGAAGAACAAAAAAACAUACAAACAUUUCUGAUAUGCCUUUCACGAUUUCUUAAAUAUGGAACUUGGUAUGAUAAUAAAAAUUUGCAAGAUACCAUGAUUGAUUUCUUAGGAGAUCUUACUUUUAGAGAAGCCUAUAAUAGAACGGGAAGAAUUUUAAAUAUAACUGUGUCACCAGCAAGUGUUCAUGAGCACCCAAGACUUUUGAACUAUUUAACAGCCCCUUCAGUUUUGAUUUGGUCAGCCGUUUGUGCUUCAUGUUCUUUGCCUGGUGUUUUUCCCUCUUCAACGAUCUAUGAGAAAAAUUUGAAAACUGGUGUUACACAAGAAUGGCAUCAUGCAUCAGUUAAAUUUGUGGAUGGAUCGGUCGAUAAUGAUUUACCAAUUACGAGACUUUCCGAAAUGUUCAAUGUCGACCACAUUAUUGCUUGUCAAGUUAAUCCCCAUGUUGUCCCUUUCUUGAAAUUAUCAGUGACCUGUGUUGGUGGUGAAAUUGAAACAGAGUAUAGUGCAAAAUUUAAAACCAAACUGGGCCAAAUUUAUGGCCUUUGGUCAGCUGAAGUUAUCCACUAUCUUCAGAUGAGUGCAGAGGUUGGUAUUGCAAGAAAUUUGUGUACAAAACUUGUCUCUGUGCUCUCUCAGAAAUAUUCAGGAGAUAUAACAAUUCUACCUGACUUACAUGAAGUUUCACAAUUGAAUAAAUUGCUAGCAAACCCAACUCCAGAAUAUUUACUACAAUGUACUAUGAAAGGUGCUAGGGCAACUUGGCCAAAGAUAUCCAUUAUUAAGAACCACUGCGGAAUUGAAUUUGCAUUGGAUGGUGCCAUCAAAUUGUUGAGAAGCAGA